AUGACCAUGAGCAGCGACAAGAAAAGAAAGCUCAGCGCAGACAAUGCAGCCACUGAAGAGUCGGGCGCUCUGAAAAUUGACUCGAGCGAGCCUUCACCCACUGUACAGGAUAGCACAGCGGAGGGGACGAACAGUCACACGUCGAAGAAGCGCAAGAGGGUAGACGGCGAGAAAGUCAAAUACCCAGACCUGACCUAUGCAGAUGGAAAGCUCCAAUCACCAAUUCGCAUUGCCGAUCUCCAGGGCUUACUCCUCUACUGCUUUGCUGACGGCAUUGCCCCCCAGUGGAUAUCCUUGAAACAUUCAGGGCAUGUGCGCAAGGUGGUUGUCUUGAUGGUGCCCGGCCUUGAGAUGGGCAUGUUUGAUGGCACAAUCCCCCUCACCGAGAAUCUAGAUAUUGGGGAUCAAUUACAAGAAACGAAACCCAAUCCAGAUGAUGCGAACACAAUGCCUGAAGACGACAGGGCUACUGACUAUGACCGAUGGAAAAAGGGUCUCCCUCUACCAGACCGUUCCCACCGAUUCAAUCCCCGAUCGCUUGUCCGCAACGAGCUUCUUGAAUGCCUACAACCGCUGGCCGACAUGUUCCCCCACAUCUGGCCGGUCAAGGCGCCUGGCGACAACAAGUACAACAAGGUUCAUUCGCCGCUGCAAGCUCUGUUGUUAUCUGCGCCUCCCAAAACCAAGAACGAUGAUUCCCGCACGAAAGGUGCACGCCCUGCAAAAGUCGAGAAGGGCUUUGUCCCCAAACGAACCCCUAUCUCAACAUACGUCACUUCCCGUGAAGAUCUCCUAGAGAACGACUAUAUCUUGCACCCGGUCUACUUUACCUCCGACGAAGAAAGGAAAGCUCAGGCGGGCGCCCGCCAAAGAGGUGGCCAGUCGGUGGAAGAGGGUUGGGUGGACACUCAUGUUUCCUCCCUGGAGUCUGCGCAGCCGCCCGACGCCGAAGUCGAACAGGGCAGCAUGACUGCUGGACGGGACGUGUUUGCCCUCGACUGCGAGAUGUGCAUCACCGAGGGAGGCCAGUCCGAGCUCACCCGCAUCAGUAUUGUGGGAUGGGAUGGUGCAGUAGUUAUGGAUGAACUGGUCAAACCUCCUCGCCCUGUGAUUAAUUAUCUUACGCGAUAUUCGGGAAUCACGCCAGAGAUGCUAGAGCCAGUCACGACCACCCUGGUUGAUAUUCAGCAACGGCUCCUCACCCUCCUCACGCCCCGUGCCAUCCUCGUCGGCCACUCCUUGAACUCCGAUUUAACUGCUCUGAAGCUUGUUCACCCUUUUAUUGUUGAUACGAGUAUAAUAUACCCGCACCCACGAGGCCCGCCGCUGAAGUGCAGUCUCAAAUGGCUCACCCAGAAGUACCAAGGCAAGCAGAUCCAAAACGGAAUGGAAGGUCAUGACUCCGUCGAGGAUGCCCGUGCCGUCCUUGAACUUGUGAAAAUGAAGUGUGAGAAGGGCGAACGUUGGGGAACCAGCGAGGUUUCUAACGAGAGUAUUUUCCGACGACUUGCGCGCUCCGUUCGGCCGAACUACGUGCCUUGUCCCGGGGAAGCACGAACUGGAGCUGUGGUCGAUUGGGGUAAUCCCGAACGUGGCUUUGGCGCACAGGCGGCCGUUUCCAUUGGAUGCUUGGAUGAUGAUGCGGUCGUCAACGGGGUCUCUGCUGUGGUAAAAGGCGAUCAGUCGAACCAUUCUAUCCCGGCCGGUGGCGUUGAUUUUACCUGGGCCCGUCUUCGCGAGCUCGAAUACCUUCGCGGCUGGUGCAAUCGACUCCCCGACCCCAAUAAUGCCAAUGAAUCAACCUCUGUUCCUCCCUCAGACCAAAAUGCGUCGACAGAGGGCAUCACCGGCCAACCCUCGGAUCGCUUACAGUCUGAUGUCUUGGUCAAGACCAUUUCUCAAACUGUGUCCCAUAUCUCACGAAUCUACGAAUCCCUCCCCGCCUGUACACUCUUCAUGGUUUAUUCUGGCACGGGCGAUCCCCGAGAAGUCAGUCGUCUUCAAUCCAUCCACAAGAAACACCGCGAGGAGUUCCGUUCCGGCAAGCCCUGGGAGGAGCUGACUCACAAGUGGACUGAUGUGGAAGAACAAAGCCUCAAGAAAGCCUGUGAGCGGGCUCGCGAUGGGUGUGGCUUUAUGUGCAUCAAAUGA